CACAGCAUCAUAUUUAGAGUUGUCAGCGUGUUUUUAAAUGGCCUUUUUAGAUUUUAAGAUAGCCAAUGACUGCAAGAUCGGAGCGUAUCAUAUCCACUGAAACGGCUUUAUGUUUGCGAGAUGCAGGACAAAAUAUGCUCUUUAUCUGGCUGCGUUGAAAAGUCUGACAGUGCGGUUGGAUGAAAGACUAGUAGGCUACAGUACAGCUGGCGAAGUGUCAGCCAGUAGUUCGAUAACUAAUCAGUGAAAUGAGAUCGUGAAUGCUUUGCGGUCAAAAUAAAUGUAACUGUUCGCUAGUACAGUCCAGCUAACAUUGUCAGCUAGCUAUUUGUAUUCAUGUUGAUGUGUUGGCACUGUGCAGCUAGCUAGCUAGCUAGGUAGGUAGGGUACGAUGCUAGCGAAAAAGCUAAAUAGGCAGUUUGCAAGCUAGCUAAUUUUCUCAAGUAAAUAUUCCUCCGAUGAUUUGCUAGUGACAGUAGUUACGUUAUCACAAGGACAACGACCGAUGAACUAGCUUGCUAACACCAUAAGGUUUUCGUGGCCGAGUCAACAUGUUUUGACUUUGUAGCGAGCUUGUUCAGAAGGGGAAGGAUUCACAAAACGCAUCGAUACGGACACAAGACGCCAUCCCCAGUCGGACCGACGCACGACCUGUGUCGUGUAUUCUGCGUUCUAACUAGUGACCAGCUGAAGCUAGUUAGCUGUAAUAGCCGGUCACUCAGGCGACAGGCGACAUGGCUCACUCUCCGGUUCAGAGUAGCCUGCCAGGGAUGCAGAACCUGAAAGCGGACCCAGAGGAGCUGUUCACUAAGUUGGAGAGGAUAGGUAAAGGCUCCUUUGGUGAGGUGUUUAAAGGAAUAGACAACAGGACUCAGAAGGUGGUGGCCAUUAAGAUCAUUGACCUGGAGGAGGCUGAGGACGAGAUAGAGGACAUCCAGCAGGAGAUCACCGUGCUGAGUCAGUGUGACAGCCCCUUCAUCACCAAGUACUAUGGAUCAUACCUGAAGGAGGCCAAGCUAUGGAUCAUCAUGGAGUAUCUAGGGGGAGGCUCAGCAUUAGAUCUGUUGGAGCCGGGGUUGCUGGAUGAGACUCAGAUCGCUACCAUCCUCAGAGAGAUUCUGAAGGGUCUAGAAUACCUUCACUCAGAGAAGAAGAUACACAGAGAUAUCAAAGCUGCCAACGUCCUGCUGUCGGAGCACGGGGAGGUGAAGCUGGCAGACUUCGGGGUGGCCGGACAGCUAACAGACACCCAGCUCAAACGCAGCACCUUCGUUGGCACGCCCUUCUGGAUGGCUCCAGAGGUCAUCAAGCAGUCAGCCUACGACUGUAAGGCAGACAUCUGGUCCCUGGGUAUAACCUGUAUAGAGCUGGCCAAAGGGGAGCCCCCCCACUCUGAGCUACACCCUAUGAAGGUGCUGUUCCUCAUCCCAAAGAACACCCCUCCUACCCUGGAGGGGAACUACAGCAAGCCCCUCAAGGAGUUUGUGGAGGCCUGCCUGAACAAGGAGCCAAGCUUCAGGCCUACUGCCAAAGAACUGUUGAAACACAAGCUGAUUGUGCGUUACGCCAAGAAGACGUCGUACCUGACAGAGCUGGUGGAUAAAUACAGGAGGUGGAAGGCUGAGCAGACCAGACAGCAGGCGGAGUCCAGCUCAGACGAGUCUGACUCGGAGCAGGAUGGGCAGGCGUCGGGCGGGAACAACUUUGGGAGUGAUGACUGGAUCUUCACCAUCAGAGAGAAGGAUCCUAAGAAACUCCAGAACGGGGGAGAGGGACCAGCAGGGGAGAGUGGAGACAUUUCAAAGAGGCCGUAUUCCACCAGCCUGUCCUCCAUCAUCUCUCCUUCGCUGGCCGAGUUGAAGCAGCGUCAGGAGGCAGUGAAUGGGAACCCCAUGGCUCUGGAUGAACUGAGAGAAGCUAUUCUCCUUGCUGAGGAGGCCUACCCUGGGAUCUCUGACUCCCUGGUCACCCAGCUGGUUAACAGGCUGCAGAGAUUUUCUGAAGGCAGGACGUCUCCCUAGUGAUUGGCUCUCUGCCCCAGCCCGCCUCUCCCAGGUCCCGCCCCCCUGUCUGUGGUCAAG